AAUCACCCGCGAGAAGCUCAAUCCCCGGAGGCUGCCCCAAAUCAUGCUAACGAUAUAGGCAUUUAUAGACACAGCUGCCGUUUCGGGCGGUUAGCGCAACGUCUGUAAGGAAUGGCUUCUCCUUCCACCUUGCCAUUAGCGGCAGAAGAGCUCAAAGCCGAAGGCAACAAGUACUUUGGUUCCGGAGACUUUGUGAACGCUGCUGAUGCUUACAAACGAGCCAUCGGCGUCUGCCCCGAGAGCGCUGUGCUGUGGUCAAACCUAGCUGCUGCACAUGUGAACCUCAAGCAGUGGGGUGAGGCGCUGCAGGCCGCUGGGGAGUGCCUCAAACUGGACCCGGGUUUCAUCAAGGCGUACGGCAGGAAAGCCGCUGCGCAGCUGGGUCUCAUCAGGCCGGGCGAUGCGGAGUGCACGCUGCGGGCCGGCCUUGCGGUGGACCCGCACAACGGCUUCCUGCAGGAGGAGCUGGAGCGGCUGCGCAAGGAGGACGACGGCGACCAGCGGCCAGUGCGCGGCAUGAACGGCUCGGACCGGCCGCUGCGAGACAUGCAGGGCAGGACUGGCCUGUCCAUGGAAGGCAGCCCGCCCUGGCCCAGCCCCGCCUUCAAGCACGGCUACAGCGGAGACUUCGAGGCCUUUUCCCGCGCCUUCCAGCCGGCGGACCUGCAGCUGCGGGCGCUGGAGGCGCGGCUGCCGCUUGUGGCGGUGGUCAUCAGCGGCGCACAGCGGCAGCGCGGCGCCGACGGCCAGAUACCCGACCGCACCGCCUCCGACGCGGAGCGCGGCACGCAGCACCGGCGCUGCCUGCAGCUGCUGCUGGACGCGGGGUGCCGGGUGGACGGCAAGGACGCGGCGGGCUGGACGGCGCUGCACCACGCCACAGCCCACCACACGGUGUUGGACCUGGCGCAGAUGCUGCUGGAUGCGGGGGCCGACCCCAACCUGCAGGACAGAUACGGCACCUACCCGCUGGUGUCCGCGGUCAUGAACGCCCAGGUGCAGUCCGUGAAGCUGCUGCUGGCGGCGGGCGCGCGGGCCGACCUCAAGGACAACGACGGCUGCACCGCAUUGCAGGUCUGCAGGUUUCACCCGGAGAUCCAAGCUCUCAUCCACGGGGCGCACUUCUCCAACGUGCGACCAGGCGGCGGCAAGAAGAAGGCGUGCGCUAACUGCGGCAAGUCCGGCGCAAAGAAGGCCUGCACGGGCUGCUCGGGCGGCGUGCACUACUGCAACCGUGCCUGCCAGCAGGAGCACUGGAAGGCGCACAAGCACGAGUGCGGCAGCCUCAAGGCGCAGGCCGCCGCCGCCACCUACACCUCCGCGCCGCCCUUCCCCUUCCCGCCGGGCGCCGUGCCCGGCGAUGCCGGAGCCGAGGCUGGUGCGGCUGCUGCCGGUGCCGGUGCCGGUGCUGCCGCUGACGUGGACAUUGGCGACCUGCCGCGGGAGCUGCGGAUCCCGCUGUUUGAGCCGGAGGCGGACACGGUGUUGAUCAACAACCAGGCCUACCUGGCCAGCAUGCUGUCCAACCUCAUGAUGACGGACGUCAGCAAGGCACCCAUCAGCCCGGAGGAGGCCACUCGGCGCGCCACCCUCACCGCCACCAAACACCAGCGGCGGCAGGCGCUGACGACUGCGGCGGCGGCCAUGACGCGCGAGCACGCAGCCAAGGUCAAGGUGCAGGUCCACAAGCCCAUGAACGCGCAAGAGGUGGCGGCCAGCCUGGCCUCCGGCUCCAAGCCCGAGGCCCUGCUGGUGUACAACGCCGACCGCUCGCUGGUGUGCUACCUGGACGGCGAGACGCCCGCGGGUGGCCAGCUGAUGCAGCUGAUCCGUGCGCGGGGCAUCCUGGGGCCCGGCGGCGGCAAGAAGGCCUACUUUGCCUGCUACUUUGACGACAAGUGCGCGCGCAAUGCGGAGGGCGUGCCCACUGAGAUGGUGGUGGCCACGUCUAUGCUGCCCAUGCAGCCCUUCUGAAUUGAGACUUGGGAGUUGGGUUAGGGCGGCAGGGGCAAUGGCAGGCGAAGCAGAAGCAGCACAGUGCAGCUCAGGUACCGUAUCAGACGUAGACACGCGAUAGCAUCAGGUUAUGCGCCCAGCAGGAGGAGCGACCAGCAGCAGUCCGUCAAUUCGUCGAGGGAGCAAUCGUGAGUCGAGUCGUGAGCGGCUUCAUUGCGGGGCGGGCCGAGUGACCAAGCAUGCACGGCGCCUUUUUCGUUCACGAGUUGCUUAUGGUUGUUUAUGUUUAAUGGCCACCAUGCGUAUAGUAAUCAGAGCUGUCAAGAUGGUAGAGCAGUAGGCCAGGCUGGAGCAGGCAAUGCAGUACUUGCACAGUUGGCACGGACACGAGUUGGUUGGCUGCGACAAAGGUGUGGGGCGGCCGGGUACGGGCUGGCAGGGCUGGUGGCAGGCAGGUGCCGCACACGCAAGCACACGCCAUGAAGCAUGUCUGGCAGUUAGAUGCGGAAUGGCCAUUGAUGUGUAGCCGGUGGGUGCGAGGUGCGCCUCAGGCGCCGAUACUGUAUCACUGUGCAGUCGACGCAGGCACACAACGCAGGUAGCUAUGUGAUCAUAUGAGCUGUCGCUUUUUGCCAGAUGGAAAGUGCUUGGCAAGAAUGCUGAAGACGUGCUGAUAAUACGGUGGCACAGUGCGACAGGGUGGGCAAGCGCGGGUGUGGGGCCUGCCAAGCUGCCGGGCAGUUGCGGGGGGCUGGGGCGGUAGGCGCAACGCGCCUGCACUUGCAGGACCACAGGCGCACGGGUAGGUGCUGCAGGAGUAAUGGCACUCGGGCACAGCCAGGAAUGCUGAGCCAGGGCAGAUAGGUCCAUGCCAUCAAGUUAACGCGUAGCGCAUGCAAAGAUAUGCUGCGGAGGUACAGUGCUUUGCGUUUGGCAGGCUCAACGGUAGUGAGCGAAUCUGGUUGAGCUUGUCUGGAGGAGCAAAAUGUGUGACGCGGAUUUGUUGUGGCGUUUGAACUGGUUUCCCACGUCCCCGGGAAUUUCCUGUGGCCUGGCCUGUGUGAGAGGCGCCCACGGGUGGCAUUCCCCACGAGGGGCCACGGCGGGGGCCCCAAAUGGCGGCGGCAACCGCAUACUGUAGUCACA